CCAAAUAUGGCGGAGAAUCACAGGCAAUAAGGCGCCACCGUUCGUUUCGUUUCUUUCUUCUGCAUUUCCUUCCUCUUCUUCCUCCUCGCUUGCCUGAAUUUUAGAAGUGUAAUUCGGUGGCUGAUCAGUGCCGUGCCUGUUUAGGCGGCAUUAGCAUUGGUAGCGAAGUAGAAGGAAUUUUGGUUUGUUUCAUUGUGGCGAGUCUGGUGAGGAAUCAAGGUGUAGGGAAGUGAAGGGAAGGGGAGAGAGCGAGAGAGCGAGAGAGAGAGAGAGAGAGAGAGAGAGAGACGGGGUGGAGAAGUGCAGGUUGCGUCUGGGAAGAUUGAUCAUGGUGUCAAUGCAGCUUAUCUGUGGACGCUGAAAGGUUAUUAAAUUCGCGGUGGAGUUUAGAAGAACAUGCCACCGUCCAAGACGGAGGUGGCGAUGGGUGCAAACUCUGGUGAAAUAGGGUCCAAGUUCGUUGUGGAUGAUAGUUUGUUGUCAGAUUUGAUGGACCUGGAUCCUUUAAGUGAGCAAUUAGGAGAGGAGUCAUGGAUGAAUGGCGGCAGCGGCAGCGAUAAUUGCGAUUUUAAUUUAACAUCUUACUCCGUGUCAAGUAGCGAGAAUUGCUAUGCUUCCAUAUCACCCUCCUCACCCCCAACCUCGCACUCAUCAUCGAUUUUCUCUCAGACCAGUGAAGCUGAUUUAGACGCCUUGCAACUCCUCCAACAAGUCUUUGAUGGCUCUCCGUCUCCUUUUUCGCCUCCGUUGAGUCCAAGUCCUGUAGGUGAUGGCAACAUCACCAUGCUUUUAGCGGAUCAAAACAUUAUAACCACAUCAAACGCGAUGGAGUAUACAGAUCCAUCCGAAAAAUGUCGGAUUGACACGCCCUUUCUGGCAAUGCCAAAUGAAGAAGAGGAGGAUGAAGCCGAAGAAAAAUCCGGGCUUUCGGAGGAGGAGAAGGUAGUUGAGGAAGGGGGAACAAGAAAGAGAACGUUGGCACGUGCACUCUCAAGCUCGCCGGUGUGUCUCCGCGAUCGUCUGCUGCAGGCUGUGCGCUACAUCGGCCGCUUCCGGAUGGACGUGCUGGUACAAAUUUGGAUGCCACAGCAAACGAGCAGCAACCCUCAGAAGCGGAUUCUUACCACGCGAGAUCAGCCAUUUAUUUUGGAGCAGAGAAAUGACAAGCUAUUGCAUUUUCGGAAUGCCUCCGAGAGUUAUGAAUUUGCAGCCGAGGCUGGGAAUAGCGGCUUGGGCCUCCCCGGUCGUGUGUUUGUGCAUCAGAUGCCGGAGUGGAGUCCCAACGUCCAGAUUUACAACUGCCAGGAGUACCUACGACAUCUAGAAGCACAGCGCUGUGACGUGCGUGGAUCACUUGCACUCCCUGUCUUCGAGCCCACCACUCUUCAGUGUGUUGCAGUUAUUGAGCUGGUUGGUUGCACCGAGAAGAUUCAAUUUUUCUCCGACGUGGAUAUAAUCUCACGUGCCGUGCAGGCUGUGCAUUUAUCAUCCGUAAACAGUUUGGAGACGCCUGUUCCUGAGAGGCUGUCACUGGGUCGACACUCGGUCCUGAACGAGAUUGCGGAAGUCUUAACAGCCGUGUGCGAGACUCAUAAACUACCACUCGCUCAGACUUGGGUCCCUGCGUGUCGCUAUGGCAGCAUGGAUAUCAAGGUUCACCAGAGUGGCAGCAAGAGGAUGCGGUCCGAGAAUGGAAGCUUUUUGAGUCACAGCGCAUCCUCAUGUCCUUGUAACAGUGAAAUCCUCCGGACUGGUGAUGGUCCAUGUUAUAUGAACGAUGGCCGGAUUUGUGGCUUUCGCCGAGCCUGCCUGGAGCAUAGCGUUGAGACAGGUCAGGGAGUGGUUGGCAAGGCUUUCGAAACAAACCAACCGAGCUUCGAUUCCGAUGUGAAAACCCAUUCUAAGGCCGAAUAUCCUCUUGCACACUAUGCUAAAUGUUUCGGUCUUGGGGCAGCUGUGGCCAUUCGAUUGCGGAGCGUUCGCACUGGCAAUGACGACUUCAUUUUGGAGUUUUUCCUCCCCCCCACGUGCGUGGACAGUAAGGAGCAACAAUUGCUGCUGAAUUCAUUGUCCAUCACAAUGCAACGAACUUGCCGGAGCCUGAGAACCGUUACAGAUAAGGAGCUAGAAGAAGAACGUAGCAGGACCGGGAACGGAAACGUCGUUGUGAAGAUUGAAGCUAAAGAAGAACCAAACGAUGGAGGGUCUGUCUUAUAUCCACAGAAUCCAAUCGGAAAUCAAGAGGGGAUGUUGUUUACUUCAUCAGGUGAUCGAGACCAAGAUCAAGCAACACACUAUCAGAUUCCGCAACCCUCUCUUCUCAAUCAAUUUUCAUUCCAGCGCAAUUCAAACUGGCAACCAUCCGAUUCACUUCAUCCUGGCGAACCGCAACAUCACGCAUCAUACAUCGAUCCUUUGGGUAAUCACGCUCUUGGUUGCUCAAACACAGCUCAAGAUGCUGCAUCGCAAAGGCGUAGGCUUGAUAGAAGGCGAGGAACAACAGAAAAAACGAUCGGCCUCAGCGUCCUUCAACAAUACUUUGCGGGUAGCUUGAAAGAUGCUGCCAAGAGCAUUGGUGUAUGUCCAACAACGCUCAAGAGAAUAUGUAGACAACACGGAAUCUCAAGGUGGCCUUCUCGAAAAAUCAAUAAAGUUAGUCGAUCGUUGAAAAAAUUGCAAGGAGUGAUUGAUUCUGUGCAAGGAGCAGAUGGUGCUCUACGAAUAAACGCACUAACAGGAGAUAUCACCACCGCGUCUAUGGCCGUUGAUGCAAGCACUGACCAUAUUGGUAGCGAUGGUGCGUGCGCGAAAAGCAAGUGGUGUGUCUCGUGGUCCACUCCAGCCCUUCGCAAUCAUGAGUUGGAGGAACAUAAGGUGCGUGGUGACACUUUGUCGGUGCCAGAAGAGGAAGAUCGCAAAAAGCAUGAUUCUUGUUCGCCUCAAUCGGUGCUUAUGUCAAUCCUUUCCUUUCCAACGGCUAAAUCUAGUCGAAUUUGUCAAGCAAAUAAGAGCAGAGAUGGUUCACCUGCGGAGGACGGUAGCCCCAUGAUUGGACAUAACUCUGGUGGUAGAACAACACGCAUCUUGUCUCCGAGAAGAAACUUGACAGUUGGCACAGGGGAUGCAGCUGUCCAUGACGGGAUUACAGUUCAUCACAAUCUCCCAGUGGCUAGGAGUCAACAAGGUUCUCCGAUUUCGGGAUCAUAUGAUGAUAUCGUGUCCUCAACUUCCAAGGCUGGUUCUAUUAAAAAUGAACUGCCUGAAAGUAUGACAUCAUCUGGAUGUCAAACGCAAGCUCAUAACGAUGCCAAUGCUCAUGAAGCAUUUGAGGAGGUUUGUAUUAAAAAAUUGAAUGUUGAGGUACCUGUUUCAUCAAGUUCUCAUAGAGAAGAUGGGGAUCAAGAGAGAAAAGUAAUGGGUGGGUCGGGUACGUUCAACUCAGACUCCCCACGUUUUGGAUCUUCGACCGCUCAAGGAACUAGUGAUUGCAGUUCCCCAUCGUCUGAAGGCAAUCCAUCCUUGCAUAAGAAGACGUGGCCAACUCAUGGCGAUGUUGUGACGAUUAAGGUCACGCAUGAUGAUGAUACUGUGCGUUUUAAACUCGCCUGUGAUAAAUCUUACCUUGACUUGAGAGAUGAGGUAAACCAGAGGCUGAAGUUAACGAAGGUAACGUUUGACCUUAAGUACCUGGAUGAUGAUGAAGAGUGGAUGCUUCUUGCUUGCGAUGCCGAUCUCCAGGAAUGCCUAGAUGUCAUGCGUGCUUCUGGGCGGUCCGCUAUCAAACUCAUGGUACGCUGCAACGUCUCCUCUAGGGCUGGGACAACCUGCGUAGAUGACAAAUCUCAGAGUUGAUUCCGUUCUGGCUUCACGAAGCAAGUAGUAGCCUCGGCCAUUUCAGCUUGUCAUUCUACAAUGAAGUAACUGACUGUUAAAAAGGCAGGUGAAUACCUUGAUUAAGCUUCCGAAACGAAUGAUGCUGAGUACCAGAACAGUCUGAGUUCAAAUUUUGCACAUGCCGUAAGCCGCAAUAAGAAGGUGAAAAUCUUCCAUUUGGGACGUUUGGUUGAUGGGUUAGCCAUGCACGGUGCCCAAGAGUUAGCGAGUAACACUUGUAUUUUUUCGAAUCCUGUUUUUUUCCCAGAAAUUGAGGCAGGCCAUGCAUUUUGUACCGUAUUUAUACUGAAGUAGCAUAGAACGAUUAAAUUCAGAACAUGGCCACUACACCCGUGUCGUCCUUUAUUAGUGAAAUUCCCUGUACGCCUAUUGACAGGUUAACACGUCAUUUUUUUCUUCGGUGACAUAGAAAAUUAAAUUCGGUAGUACAGCAAAUUGUUGCCAGCUUUUAUUUCCAUUUAAACACAGUUUUGAGGUUGGCGACACUUGAAACUAGUGCAUUGUAGCACGAAUAGUGAGUUGGGAGCAAUUUUCUGAGUAAAUGAAGGCGGAAUGGACAAGGUCAUUUGGUGUAGUGGCCGAGUCCAGAACUCUAUGAAGUACGAUUUAGACAUGUUUUGAAUGUCGAAUCUGCAUGUACCCAUGCUAAACAAUGAAGCUGUGGAUGAAUCUAGUUUAGAGUAGCUGCUCAGUCUCCAAAUCCCCCUGUUUUGUAGUGCCUGUCUUCAUACAAAAUAAAAAUAAAAUGGCUCCAUUUCGUGGAUGGUUGUAGCUUA